AUGAAUUCUAGCAGCAAGCGAAAUGGGCACCAUGUCAAAUUACUGUGCAUUUUUGAUUGUGCGACAUUUCCUAACUCCCCCCCCCCCUCCGUGAGCGAACAAAACCAUUAGAAAAAUCGCCAUUUUUUGACCAAAAACCCACCCUCCGUGAGUGAACAAAAAUUUUUUUUAAUAGAAAAAAUUUUAAUGGAAAAAAAUUUUGAUAUAUAAGUGAUAAUUAGUAUAAUGAAAUCUAGAGCUAAUUCUGUUUAAUUUUAAACAAAUUGCGUUUUAAAACAUAAAUUUUGCAAAUUAAAUUAAUAUUUGCUUCCCAAUUUUGCAAAUUAGGAUUUUUUUAAAUUUCGAAAAAAAUAUUUUUUAUAAAAUUUAUAUAUAAAUUUUUUUUAAAAAAAAAAAAUUUAACCCCCCUCCGUGAGCGAACAAAAUUUUUUUGUUCGCUCACGGAGGGGGGGGGGGAGUAAGGGAAAAUUUAUUCGAAGCAUUUUUGAUAGUGAGAAAUUUGACCAAAAAACAUAAUUUUGACUAAAUAGCACACUAUUUAAAAAAAAAAUCUUUGAUGAAAUGUACGCUAUUAAGUGCAUGAUCAAUGGACCUGCGCCGCGAAAUGAUAAGUAGCUUUUAUAUAGUAUUCCGCAGUAUUCUAAAUAUUUUAGAAGCUUUUUGCCAAUCUCAUUUUAUCCUCAAUAUAGCUCAGAGUUAGAAUUAUCAGAUAGAAUAAUUCUGCCGAAAUCAGUUUUAUUGGAUAUCUCAAGAUUAAAUCUUCCGAGCCCUUAUUUGUUUAUACUGAAACCAGAGCGAGUCUAUCGUUCCCCUAUAUAUUGUGCUCCUCUAUAUUUCACUUCUGAAGAAGACAUCAUUUAUCUGCCAAUGAUAUUGCUAAAACGCCUUGGUUUCAAAGCAUUUAAGCACCAAAAACAUCAAAAUAACCUGAAAAAUGGGAUUUAUUUGCAAUCUUUGCCUUUAAAGCCUAUAGAUCCUGCAGGCUUUUCAAACUCAUUAUGAUAUGUUUUGCCGAGAUGCCAAAAAGUGAAAGUGUUUGUAUCUAGAACGUUAGCAAUAGAGAGAAUAAGGAGAGGAUUAGUAAAUUAUUCUGUGCUAAAAGAAGGGGAAGAUAUCAAAGUAAGCUCUAGAUAGAUAGCUAAUGGAAAAGAAAUUGUUUUUGUUUAUAUAA